UGUACACAUCUUAAACUGCCUUGUGUAUAAAACCAACAUUUAUCAAUAUUGAAAUUUAACAUUAUUGGCUGUACUUUCGGUUCCUAUCUGUUUUACGAAAUACGCUUAUUCUGAUUUUCAAAGAGUAUCUGAAGAUUGACUUACAAACUUUGAUAAUAAGGAUGUUUGGUUCUAAUACUUCAAGGACUGACACGGAUAUCUCUCUUCUGGAAGAAGUCGCGAAAAAUAUAUGCGAUGUAGAAAAACCUUUAACUAAUAAAUCAAAGACUGAGAUAGAUGUGCCUUUUAAGAAUAGUGGGGAAUGCUCCGACGAAGUUGUGUUAAGUUUCGAUGACGGACAGAAACUUUAUGUAUCGGAAAACUUCCUCUGUUAUGCAUCUCCUGUGUUUAAAGCCAUGUUUACACAUGACAGUAAAGAAAAGGAAAGUAAGGAAGUUGCUAUGAAAGAGAAAGUGUUUGAUGAUUUUCUGGAGUUUCUGCUGUGUUUACAUCCGGGUGUACAGACGCCGAUUGGUAAUGACAAUGUUCUGCGUGUGGUGUCUUUCGCGGAGGAAUACCAAGUCGAUGUAUCUGUUAAGCGAUGUCAGAACGUGAUGAAGACAUGGCUGUCGUCAGAAGUUGAAUCUGCUCUUAAAACCAAGGAUAGCUUGAUAAAGGCAAAGCAUGCUAGAACGUGUCUGAAUAUACUGACAAAAGCUCAAGCUUGUGGCUUUGAAGAGCUUGUCAUUCACGCCAUUCAAGUAAUUGCUAGAUUUGGGCACGAAGUGUUCACUGGCUCUAUAAAAGUGCCACAAGUGUUGCCAGACAACGGGUUUGGUUUUACUCAAGCACAAGAAGGUAGUUUAUUUGGAAAGCCAGCAGUUACGGCUCUCAAUCCAAUUCAAACUACCAAACGUGGUUUCAAUUUCGGUAAGCCGACUUGUCCUUCUGAGGAAUGUAAGAAAUUAUAUGAAAGUCUAUCGGAAGAGUUGAAAACUCGACUUCUUCUACAGCGGCUAAAAUUGUGCGAUGACGGUAAAAUGCGAUAAACGUAAUCAAAUCAGAACAAGUUCGUCUUAUAUCUUGUGUGAUAAUCUGUUUUGUUGUAUAUGAAGUUCUAUGUGCCUUUAACUGUGAUCCUGUUUAGUAGCAUCGCAUAUAGGUGUUUUUCAUUAAUACAUACAUAUAUAGAAAUCAUAUAUUCAGAUCAAUACCAAUAAGUGUAAUUAACUUCAUAUUCUUUAUGACACACUUUGUUUUAGAGCAUUACAAUAAUAAAAUUUAGAUGAAGGAAUGACUUUAUUUCGCUUAAAGACCAAGCACAACAUAGUAUACUGAAAAGAGAUUGAUUGAAUAAAUUUACAGAUGAUGUUGUGAAAAUAUAUUUAUUAAAGGACCUAAAGUGUCCACCUGUCAUGUUGUGUAACAGCUGUAUUACAUCAGUACUAUCAGAUUUUCACAAAGUUGGGAGGAAAAGGUCGGUCAUUAUGUUGUGGUGGGUCUUUAAAAGCAUCUAGCAUUAUUAGUACUGAUAUUGUACUGACUAUAUUUCAGAUCUCGUGAUUGUAACUGCACUUGAAAAUAAAACUGUUAUUAACAUUGUGGGUUAAAACCAGCGACAAACUAGUGAUCUUCGUUUUUCAUCCCAUAAACGCCUUAAAAUCAUUCUGAUAAUACAGGUAAAAUACUACAAGAUGACAGGUGCACAAGUUAAGCCCUUCUUAAAUAAAUAUGUUUUAACAACUUCGUCUGCAAACUUAUUCUGUCAUUCUCCUUUAGUAGAGUUUAAGAAACAUAGAUAAAUAACUAUCAUACACAGUAGAAAGAAAGUGAGGUGUAAACGUGUCUAAAUACCACAAGUAUUGUGCAUACUGCUACAUUAUUUCAAUAAAAUUACACAGAGUGUUUUGGCUUAAUACAUCACUGUCAAUUUGUAAGAAGA